CAUGCACAUGAACUUGGAACUUGGGCCGCAAUUAGCGUCAGGUUUCAGUUUUAACACCGGGUCCAGAUUAGCUUGCACGCUGCAUACAGUUGAUAAUAGCAUUUUUGCCAAUAGCCAUGAAUUCUGAUGACGUAAAACAAUGAAUGCUUCAGCUAGUGUAGGUGUGCCUGCGCAGAUUGCAAUCUCGUGACUGCUGUACCCGUGACGAGUAACGCAGACCCGUGAGCAUAUGACGCAUUAAUAAUGCUGGCGGUGACCAGCCUCGGGCCAAACAGAGGCGACGGGGGAACUCUCCCGCAGGCCCGCCCAGUCCUACAAGAGUUGACCUUUCCUCGCCGGCACCUAAUUCUGUUCUAUACACUAUAGCAGCGACGAUCCUCUGGCGUCAGAGCGCCAACCACCACACUUGCCUUGGUCGCUAGCAAGCUACCCAGCACGCAGAUAGGAACAACGGCGCCCGUGGACAGGGCGGAGAGUGUUGGGAGCAGGGGAGCCAGGGAGCCGCAAAAAGCCAGUGCCCGCGAUACGGAAGUGUCGAGGCGACCAACCGAGUCGCCUCCAGCGCUCCUCCUGUGGAUCUUCUGAUCACAUAGCGCCGGUGCCGCGGCGGGAUGGUGCGGGUGAGCCCCGGCGCCGGCGGCGCGGUGCCGCUGCCGCCACUGCGCGAGUAUCAGCGCUGCGUUCUCGAGGUGGCGGCGGCACACGACUGCAUCGUGUUCCUGGAGACAGGCAUGGGCAAGACGCGCGUCGCGGUGGAGUUGGUGGCGGCGCUGCUGCCGCGCAUGCGGUGGCGCCGGCAGUUGGCUGUGUUCCUGGCGCCCUCGGUGCCGCUAGUGCGCCAGCAAGCUGAGGUGUUGGCGCGUGUGGCGGACACCGGGUUUGAAGCCGUCGCUGCGGCGGCCGCGGAGGCAGCCUCAGCCACAGCCGCCGAGGCCGCCGCCGCCGCGGGGGCCGCUGCUGCAGACGGCACACCCGCCAGGCGCAAAGCCCGGCAAGCAGCGGCCACGGCCACACCUACAAAGGGGCAUCAAUCCGCUGCACAGGGCGCGGGCGGAAGCGCGGUGGCUGUUGCUGACAGCCUGGCGGCAGGGUCGCAACCGCAGAACCUGUCGCUUUCACUGCCACCGCCGCCGCAGCAGCAGCAACAGCAGCUUCAGCAGCAGCAGGCCGCUAGCUCGCGGCCGUUGCUGCGAGUGGAGUGGCUGGGCGGCUCCUCGGCGCACGAGGCGUGGGGGCCGGCGGGCUGGGCGGCGCUGCGGCGGCGGGCGGACGUGUUGGUGUGCACCCCUGCGGUGCUGCUGGGGGCGCUGGUGCACGCAUCCAUACUGGUGUGUGACGUGGGUCUGCUGGUGCUGGACGAGGCGCACCACUGCCGCGAGCAGCACCCCUACGCAGUGCUGCUGAGGGAGUUCAUCGCCAGGCCGCCCGUGCCGGAGCUGACGGAGCUGACGGAGGGCAAGGAGGAGGCGGAGGGCAAGGAGGGCAAGGAGGAGGAGGAGGGCAAGGAGGGCAAGGAGGAGGAGGAGGUGGUGGCGGGAGCGGGUGGGGCGGCGGAGGGGGCGGCGGAGGGCGUGGUGGUGGAGGAGGCCGCGAUGGUGGAGAGGGCGGCGGAGGUGGAGGGGGCGGCGGAGGUGGAGGGGGCGGCGGCGGGGCGCGCUGAGGCGGAGGCAGGGCCUGAGGCAGGGCCCGAGACCCGGGGGCCAGAGGCGGAGCUAGAGGCCCGAAGGGCUGCCUUUGGUGUUGAUGGACAGCAGGAGGGGAAUGGAGGUGGCAGCCGGGGCGGCGGAGGCACGAGCGAUGUGGCCAUGCGGGACACGCACACGAACACGCUGGAUCCAGAGCGUGGGGCCACGAGCGCGCGGGAGGUAAAUGUGGAGGCGGAGGUGCCGGUGCCGGUGCCGGUGCCGGCAGCGGCUCCGCGCGCGGCGAGACUUGCUCGUGGCGGUGCCGGUGGCGGCGGCGGCGGCGGAUGCUACGACCGGCGGCGGCUGCGGCCGCGGCUGCUGGGUCUCACAGCCUCUCCCCUGCACCCGUUGUUGCUGCAGGAGUGCAUGCUGGGGGCGCGGCUGGUGGCGCCACCGCCGGGCAGUCUGCGCGAGUGGGCGGCGCACUGCUCACGACCCAAGGCCCAAAUCCUGUGGGUGGGGGACGACAAGCCGCUGCCGCCGCCGCCAGCCCUGCCGCCCGCCGCCGCCGCCGCCAUCGCCGCCGCCACUCCGCCCAUGCCGCCGCCCGCGGCGCCGCAGCCUGUGCAGGCCGCGGGGGCGGAGGAAGCCAUGGAGACCGCCGAGGACGGGAGGGAGCGUGGCGGUGUCGAAGCCACACACGACCCCGAACCCCUCGCAACUUCUGAUGACGACCUCUCUUUUAUUCCGGUGCCGCCCCUUCCCAGAGCCUUUUCGUUUAGCUCUACUUCCACUACCGACACAGCGGAUUCUGCCACUGAUAUGGACACUGCCACAGCCGCCGAUGCCGCUGCUACUGCCGCCACCAGCACGGACGCUGCUACAGCCGCUGCAGCUGCGGACGGCGGCGGCGGCGGCAGCUACAGCUGCCCGCUGCGUGCCGCGAUCGGCUACUGCCGGCGGCUGCUGCUACUGGCGGAGCGGGUCAUGUCUCAGCGGGAGCGGCUUCUGCGGCUGCACGCGCUGGGGGAGGUGGACCUCAAGAGGCUGGGACUGGAGGGCUCGGAGCUGCUGGCUGCGGGCGGGCGGCACGGCGGCGCGGACAUGGGCGGCAACGCGCUGAGAGACCUCCGACUGAUCCGGUCGCAGGUGGCGGCGCUGGAGUGCACCCUGAACGACCUGGGCGUGUGGGCGGCACUGGCGCUGGCGGCGGCAGACCUGUUCAGCGGGGCAGGGGCAGGGGGGGCAGGAGGGGCAGGAGGGGGAGAGGGGGAGGACGGCGGCGCGGGAGUCGGGGUGGCUGCUGGCUCGCUGGCGGCGGCGGCCCUGGCGCUGAUGAGCGGCGGUGACCCAGGCCGGCUGACGCGGGAGGACCUCAUGCAGAUUAUGGACAGUACGGAUCUGGGCCCGCCUCCGGGGCCCCGUGACGCGGAGCGACUGCGUGCGGACUGGGCCGAGCUGCAGCUCGCACUCGACUCCUGCGGCCUGCCCAAACCCGGCGACAGCAGCAGCAACGGCAGCGGCGGCAGUAGCAGCAAGUGCACCGGGCCCGACGCCGGGGCUACUGCUGCUGCCGCUGGUGCUGCAGCCGUGGCACCUGCUGCUACAGCCACGGCGGCGGCGCAGCGCUGGGCCCGGCGCGCGGGUGUGGGCGAGCGCGUGGCGGCGGCAGUGCUGGCGGCGGCGAUGGAAGGCUGUCUGGCACUGGCGGCGCCGCCGGCGGAGGAGGCGGCGGCCAUUGCGGCAGGCUUCGGCGACGCGCUGUUGCGGCGCGGCGGCUGUCGCCCCGCGGGCCGCCGCGUGUUGGCGCGUUGGGCGGAGCGGCUGCUGCGGAGUGUGCCGCCGGCGCUGCUGCAGUUCCACGUGCUGGGGCUGCUGCCGCCCGCACCGCACGAGGCGGCGGCGGUGGCGGCGGCACACGACUCCUGGCGGCGGCGCGGCACACCCCUGGUCGCACACCGCGUGGUGUGGCUGCUGCGGCAGCUGCACCGCCGAGCAUUGGAGGCCGCCGCCGCUACUGCUACUGCUGCUACUGUUACUGCUGGUGCUGCUACUGCUGGUCCUACUGCUGGUGCUACUGCGGGUCCUGCUGGUGAUUCUGGUGCUACUGCUGUUGUUGCAGCCACUGCCGGUGCUGCUACUGCUGUUGCUACAGCCCCAGCGCCGGUCGCCGCCGCGGCCAGCUGGUCGGCCAUGGUCUUCUGUGAGCGCAAGAGCACGUGUGAGGCCAUUCACCGCCUCGUGUGCGCGAUACCCGCGCUCUCCGCUGUCGGCAGCCGCCCAGUGCCGCCGCCGCAGCCGCCGCACGCCACCACCGCCGCCGCCGCUGCCGCCCCUGAUACUGCUACUGCCGCUGGCGGUGCUGCUGCUGCUGCUGCUACUGCCGGGCCAACAGAAACACCACAGACCGCUACAGCCGCUACACCGGCUCCCGCUGACCCUGCUGCUACUGCCGCCACCGCACCCGCCACCUCAGCACCGGCUGCAGAGGCCGCUGCUACUGCUGCCGCGCCCGUGGUGUUGACGGCGCAGCAGCGGCGGCAGCAGCGGGCGGCGGCGGCGCGGGCUGCUGCUACUGCCAGGUCGGCUGCAGUGCUACUGCGCACCGGCGUGUUUGUGGGCACGGGCGGCGCUGCGGUGGCGUCGGCGCCGGCGGGCGGCAAGGCCUCGGGUCAAAAGCGGCAGGACGAGGUUCGCACCGCCUUCGCCUCCGGCCGCCUCAACGUGCUGCUGUCCACCUCCAUCGGGGCCGAGGGGCUGGACUUCAGCUCGUGUGCGCUGGUGGCGGCGCUGGACCUGCCCCGACACGUCACCCCCUUCCUGCAGUCGGGCGGGAGAGCCCGCGCGCCCGGCUCCGAGCACUGGUUGCUGGUGCGCACGCCCGAGGAGCUGGAGUUGGCGCAGCGUCUCAUGGCGGCGGAGGAGGCGCUCCAAGCCAAGGCGGCGCACGUGUCGGCGUACAACCUGAGAGAGCUCGGAUUCCGGAUCCAGACCCCGGCCGGGAACCCGGCGGCGGUGGCGGCAGGCGGCGCAGGCACGGGCCAGGAUCCAAAUCCGGAUCCAGAUGACAUGGAUGCCGACCAGGCGGCGGCGGCGCGCUCGCCGUCUGACACGCCGGAGCCCCUCACUGCUACAGCCGCCCUCGAGGCUGCUACAGCUUCGGGUCCGGUGGCAGCCGCUGCUGCUGCUGCGGCGGCGGCGGCGGCGGCGGCUGUUGUUGGUCCUGGCGCUGGUACUGCCGCGGGCGUGGAUGUGGAUGUGGAGGUGGCGGAGUUGGGCGGCGGCGGGGCGGACGCUGGCGGCUUGGACCGGUUGGCCCUGGAGGUGCCCACCACAGGCGCCCGUCUUCCCUCCGCCUGGGCUGUGGACCUGUUGCUGCAGCUGUGCCUGCAGCUGCCCGGUAACGACUUGGCCACAGCGCUGGCGCCGCUGUUCAGGUGGCGUUCCUCGGGUCCGCCGCACUGCCGCCGCUACAGCUACCGCGUCUUCCUGCCCGCCAACCUGGCCGCGCCGCCGGUGGACGGACCGCCGUGUGGCAGCAAGGAGGCGGCCAAGAAGCUGGCCUGCCUGGCUGCUGUGGCUCUGCUGUGGCGUCGCGGCGACCUAGAUGACCACCUGUGCCCCCGACACAGCCGCAAGGCGCUCACACAGGCGGCGCACCAGGCCGCAUUCGGGGAGUUCCAGCACUCCAUCGCCUCCGCAGUGCUGCCCCACCCCCUGCCGCGCCUGCUGAGGCCGCCCGGCUGGGCACCAACCCCCGGUGCCGCCGCCGCCGCCGGCCCCCUUGCCCUCCCCGCGCCAGCCGGCACCGCCGAUGCUGGUGCUCCCGCCACGGCUGCUGAUGGUGCCACAGCUUGUGAUGGUUGUGGUGUUGAUGCCAGCGGCGAUCUCGGCAGCAGCAGCAGCGGCAAAGGCGGUGGCGGCGUCGACGACGCAAGUCGCUAUUCGGAGCAGGGGCCGGCGCCCCGCCACCUGUACUGCUUUGUGAUGGAGCCACUCGCCCGCUUUCCGGGCGGCGGCGGCGGCGGCGGCUUCGGAUCCGGCUUUGGAUCUGGAUUUAGCUUUGGAUCUGAGCCGAAUCCAGGCAGCGGCGGCCACGCCUCCACUGUUGCCAGCAGCUCUGGCGAGGGGGCGGCGGCGGCGGCAGCUGAGACGGGGCUGCUGCAGUGGCCCUAUACGGCGAGCGCCGCAGCCGCGGGCUCCAACGCUGCAGAGCCGGCGGCGGCGGCUGCGGACAACGGUGGCGGCGGCGGCGGGGAUGACCCUAUGGCGUUGUGGCGGGUCCGCCGCAUUGCGGGCGAGCUGGCGGCCGCCGGUCCGCCGCUGGCACCGGGAGCGGGUGGCGGCGCCGUACAGCAGGGAGGCAGUGGCUCAAGCGGCAGUAGCAGCACUGCUGGCAAGGGCAGUAGCAGCAGUAGCAGUGGGAGUGGCGGCGGCGGCGCGGCGCUGCACGUGCUCAGCUCGACGGCCAUGGCGGCGGCGGGCGCGUGUUGGGUGCCCACGGCGCGCAACGCGGCGGCAGCGGCGGCAGAGCUACAGCUUCAGCAGCGGCAGCAGAAGCAGCAGCAGCAGCAAGCUGGCCAAGCGCAGCAGCAGCAGCAGCAGCAGCAGCAGUCAGAUACCAUGGAGCAGGACGCGCCGCCAUCUGGUGGUGGUGGUGGCGGUGGCGGUGCUGCUGCUGCUACAGCCGCCGCCUCUGCCGCUGCAGCCACGGCUACAGCCACGGCUACAGCCACCGUGCUGAGCUGGGGGGUGCUGCUACACGGCCGGCUGCCGGCGGGGCUGCCGGCGGUGGAGCUGUUCGUGCCGGAUCGCAAGAAGGGCGAGACGCGCGCGCGUGUCCGCCUGGCCUAUCUCGGAGAGCUGCCGUCGCCACCCACACAACCGCCAGCGGAGGACGCUGUUGCACAGGGAUCGCUCGCGGCUGCUAGUGCCGCUUCUGCUACUGCCGGUGCGGACGGGGCCGGCAACGGCGGCGGCGCAGCGGCGGCGGCGGCGGAGCUGGUGGCGGCGGUGGGGUCGGCAGCUCACUCGCUGUUGCGGUUUCCGCUGCCAGUGGCCCUAGCCAGGGCGAAAGCUUUGAAGGCCGCGGCCUCAGGGGCCGUACCUGCGUCAUCGGCGGCUACAGACACGGCUGCUGACCCCGCCGCCGCGCCCGCCGCCGCCCCCGCUGCCGCCCCCGCCCCCGCUGCCGCCGCCGCCCCCGCUGCCGCCGCCGCCGCCGCCCCCGCCGCCGCCGCCAAGCCGCGCCUGGCCGUGACGGCUGAGCACUUGGCUGCCUGGCAGGAGUGGGUGGGCUUCCAGAGGGUGGCGGCGGCGCUGGAGGCGGCGGCGGCGGCGGCCGCCAACGGUCCUGCUGCUGGCGGCGCCAGUGGCGGCGGCGGCGGCGGCGUGGAGGCUGCAUUGAAGGAGGCGGUGGCGCUGGCGGCGGCUGCAGGGAAUGGGGGCGCUGAUGACGCCGGUGGUAUGGAGGAUGCGUCAGAGGCGCAGGCGGCGGAGGUGGCGGAGGCAGCGGAGGCGGGAUUACAGGCGCACGCGCAGGGUGGAACGGCGGCGGCAGCCGGCGGCGCGGCGGUGGCGGCGGUGGCGGAGGCAGGCAGGCAGCAGCAGGGCCGCGGAGGCGGUCGAGGCCGCAAGGGCUGGGUGGGUUACUGGUGGCUGCCGGUGCCGCUGCGCCCGCCGCCGCCGCCGCCGCCGCCAGCAGAGGUAACAGAGGCAGUGGCGGCAGGGCCUGCGGGUGCGGGUGCAGCUGCAGGUACUGCCAUGGACGUGGACGUGGACUUGGACUUGGGCGCUGCAGCCACAGCUGCAGCUACAGCCAGUGACGGGCCGUGUCGGGGCCGUACGGGAGACCAAUCGUCGGCGGCUGCAGCCCUGUCGUACAUUGACUGGCGGGUGGUGGGCGGCCUGGCGGCGCCGCCGGCACCGCUGCCGGCUGACGCCGCGACGGCGGUGCCCCUGAAUGCGGCCGCCGCCGCCACCACCACUGCCUCACAGAACGCCGCACUAGCGGCUGUAAACUCGGUGGCAGGCGCGGCCCAGCCUCCAUCGGCAGUAGCAGGAGCAGCAGGAGCGGCUGUAGCAGGAGCAGGAGGAGCGGCAGUAGCAGGAGCACCUGCGCCGCCGUGCUGCUACGUGUGGCGGCAGGAGGUGGUGCGACACGGUCUCUUCAUCUCCCUUGACAGCUUCCGCAUGUGCACCUUUUUGGAGCCUCAAGCCCCCUCUGCUGCUGCUACUGCUACUGCCGUGGCUGGCGAUGCUACAGUUGUCCCGGCGGCUGGCGCCCAGGGCCGGCUGCAGCAGCUGCUACAGCCGCAGCCGCAGCUGCUACAGCCGCCUCCGGGCCAGCCACUGCUCGUGGAGCUAUACUCGUACGCGCGCUGCCGCAGCCACUGGCUGUCCAGCCGCCUGCAGCUACAGCCGGGGCAGCAGCAGCAGGCGCCACGGCGCGUGGCAGUAGCAGCGGCCACGGCAGCUACAGCUGCCGGCACGGCAGGCGCCGCCACCGCCGGUGCAAAGCAGGUCGACACGGUCGCACCUGCUGCCCCGGGGACCACAAUUCCCACUGCUGCUACAGCUGCUACAGCCCAGGCCAGUGCAGAGGCAGCAGCUGUGACGGCUGUAGCAGGGGCCGCGCCAGCCGCCCCACUGAGCACACCGCCGGAAAGCGGCAGUGGCGGCGGUGGUGGCGCGACGGAGGCUCUGAUGGAUACGUAUGACGAUGGCGCGGGCGCCGCCGACCUUGCCGAUGUUACCGGCAACCGCGGCGGUGUCUACGGCGAUGGUGGCCUUGGCGGCGGCGGCAGUAGCGGCGGCGGUGGCGACGGCAGUAGCAGCAGCCUGUCUGGCCGCAAGCGGGCACGGCAGCCGCCCGGGCAGGGGCUCUACUCGACGGCGCCCUCACCGCCGCGCUCACCGCCGCGCCUCCGCCCCCACCUCGAACAGGAGCAGCAGCAGCAGCAGCAGCAGGAGCAGCAGCAGCAGCAGCAGCACCGCCACAACGGCAACAGCAGCAACAACAACGGCCUUUCCGCAAGCCCGGCGAAUGACACCGGUAGUGCUGCCGACGGCGGCGGUUGGGCUCCUGUACCGCCGGCUGUAGCACCCGUUGCAACACCUGCGGCAACCGCCACAACCACCAAAACCGCCACAGCCACAACCGCCGCCGCCGCCGCCACCACCACCAGCACCACCAAGCGCCUUCCUCGUGAGGUGGUGGCGCCGCUGCCGCCUGACACGGGCCCGGGGCGCCUGGCUCGGUUCCCGCUGGACGCGGGGCGGUGGCGGGCGCUGCAAGGGCUGCCGCCGCUGCUGUGGCGAGUGGAGGGGCUGGUGGCGGCGGCGGAGGCGCUGGAGCGGGUGCUGCGCCCCCUGGGGUUCGCGCCCGAGAAGGCGACGGGUGGGCGUAGCGACAGCGGCGGCGGCGCGGAGCCUGCUGCUGCUACAACUACAGCGACCGCAGCUGCUGCCGGCACUGCCGCCCCCGGUGGCGGUGGCAAUAACAGCGGUGAUGGCGGCGGCGGCGGCAGGGAUGAAGCAAUGGCCGACGCAAACCGCGACGUACCGUCAGCGCCGCCGCCGCCUCCACCGCUACCACCGCCCCCGCCACUGCCGCCGCCCCCGCCACUACCACCACACCUAACGCACCAGCCACCUCCACCUCCACCGCCGCCUCUGCCGCCGCCGCCGCCUCUGCCGCCGCCACUGCUGCCGCCGCCACUGCCGCCUCUGGUGCUGGCUGCUGCUGCUCUGACUGCCCCUGCCGCGGGCGACGCCUGCCUCAACAACGACCGGCUGGAGUUCCUCGGCGACAGCGUGCUCAAACACAUCGCAGUGUUGUUCACAUUCUUGCGCGACAGGCACGACCCCACCUGCCACGAAGGCGUUCUCAGCUUCAAGCGCGAUGCACUCAUAGCCAACGAGAUCCUGGCGCAGCACGCGCUCGGCCGGCGGCUGCAGCUGCCCGCCCUGCUGCGCGCGCUGCCCUACGACGGCGGCCGCGCCCUGAGGCAGGCCCAGCUGAGACCGCACGAGGACGAGCGCGGCAGGCCGCUUGGAGGCGGCGGCGGAGGCGGCGGCGGCGGCGGAGGUGGCGGAGCAGCCAAGGCGGCGGCGGAGGCGCAGGCGAAGAAACCGGGCGCGGGGGCUCGGAGUGGAGGUGGAGGUGGAGGUGGCGGCGGCGGCGGCUCCAAGCACGACAAUCAGCACUUAGUCGUGCGCGUGCUUAAGGGCUUUAAGGGCAAGCGCCUGGCGGACGGCGUGGAGGCUCUCAUCGGCGCCCUGCUACUGCCGGUGCUGCCAGCCGGGCCCUCAGGAGGAGGCAGUAGCACUGGCAGUAGCAGUGGCGUCGGAGACAUCAACGGGGCCCGGCUGAGGCCGGCGGCUCGGGGGCUGUGGUCUGUGGCGGAGAUGCUGGGCGGCGGGUGCUCCCCCACCUGCACGCCGGCGCUGCAGGUGGCCAUGGAUGUGGCGACAGACUUCUGUGUGCGGGCGGGGCUGUUGCCGCCAGACGCCCAACUAGUUAUCCGGGAGGGGCUGCACGCAGAGGCCUCCACACAACGGGCAGCUGCGGCGGCGGCGGCGGCGGCUGCCGCUGCCACAGCCGCGGCGGCUGCUACAGCCGCCGCCGCCAGCGGCGGCAAGGAUGCGGCGGCGGCGGCCGCAGGCGGCAGUGCCGCAGCUGCUGGGGCGGCCGCCGGGGCGGGGCCGGCGGCGGCGGCGGCGGCUGUAGCCGCCGCCGCUAAGUCAACGUCGACAAGGACAUCAGUGCCGGACGUGACGCUGGCAUUCAAAUCGCUACAGCCGCUGACGUUCCGGGAGUCCUGGCUGCGGCGCGGCGGCGCCAUUGAGGCAGCCGAUGACGAUGCUACUGCCGACCCCGCCGCCGGUGCCACUGCCGGCAGGAGCGGCGGCAGGGCCGCCGCCAGCGGCGGCGGGGCUGCCUCGUCACCAUGGCGUGCUGACACGUGGGGUGGCGGCGGCGGCGGCAGUAGCAGGAGCGUGCCGGCUUCCCCCUCACCGUACACACACGUCACGCCGCAGAAGCAGCAGCCGAGGCCGGCAGUAGCAGCGCCCGGGCCCUACGUGUCGUACACAGCCUUCGUGGCGCCGUACACGCCCCCUGCCCUUGCUGCACCUGCUGCUGCCGCAGCUGCUACUGCCGCAGCCGCCACUGGCUGUAGCGGCGCCCCUGUGUCGCCGAUGCGGUUGCUGCCACGUGCCGCCACUGGGAGUCCCUUGCCGCCCAUUGUUGGCACGCGUCGCCUGGUGAUAGCACACGCCUCUCCUCCCCUGCCCGCUGCUACAGCCGAUGCUGCCACUGCCAACGCUGCUACUGCCCUGGUGGGCGCGGCGGCGGCAUCCGUUGGCGCCGCCAGGCGGGUCGUGCCCGUGCUGCCAUGGGCCCGGCGGCCGGCUGUAGCACCAGUGGCGGCUGUAGCAGCAGUGGCGGCAGCAGCAGGUGCUCCAGUGGCGGCAGCAGCAGCAACGCCCAGGCGGCGGCCGCUACCCGGCACGCCCGUCGCUGCUACUGCUACUGCCGCCACUGCUACUGCCGCAGCCACCUUUGCCGCCGCGGCGGCGCUGACACCCCCGGCUGUAGCAGCAGCAGCCGGCACACUGACACCGGCCAGCACACCGGCAGCAACAUCCGCGUGGGCGCAAGCCGAACGAGCACAGGCGGCGGCGGAGGCUGUAGCAGGGCUGGACUUGUCAAUGGGCGCCGGAGUGGCAUCGCCGCCAGCGCUACAGCAGUUCCAACCGGUGCAACAACAGCAGCAGUGGCAGCAAUUGCAGCAGUGGCAGCAAUUGCAGCUGUGGCAACAACAGCAGCAGACGCAGACGCAGAUGCAGCAGAUGCCGAAUUUCAGCCCGCCCUACAGGCAGCAGCAGCAGCACCAGACGCAGCAGUUGGCAGUAGCAGCAACAGCCGCGCCGGGUGGGCAGGGGCCGCCGCAGCAGCAAAACACUUGGGAGCCGCCGCAGCCCCUGAGCGUGUUCGUGCUGGCAGAAGCUCACGCCGCCACCACCACCAUUGCAGCCCCACCCGGCGGCACCAACGGCGCUGACGCCUCCGCCGCCACCGGCGCUGCUGCUGGUGCUGGUGCAGCACCGGUAACUGAGGGGCUGCCUCCGGGGGCGCGCGAGGGCAAGCCCAGCACCGGCGGCGGCAGCGUCUGGGCUCGGCAGCUGGCGGACGAGGAUGGGGAUGAGGAGGACAAAGAUGAUGAUGAGAGGGUGCCGGCGGCGGGGGCGGCGGCAGCCGCCAGUGCUACAGCCGCCGCCGCCGCUGCCGCCACCGUCAUGCGUCGUGGCCUGUACGGCGGCGGCGUGUCGGCGGGGCGGCGGGGUGACGUAGAUCUGGUGGCGGCGGUGACGAGGCGGGUGCUGGGGGGCUGCUACUGCUUCCGCCGGCCCGAGCUGUGCCUGCAGGCCCUGACGCACGUGAGCCACCCGCGCGCUGCCGGCUGCGGCGGCGGCUACCAGCGGCUGGAGUUCCUGGGGGACGCGGUGAUGGGCACCGUGGUGUCCUUCUGGCUGUUCAGGGCGGGCGGCAGUGCCGAGGCCAUGACGGCUCGGCGCAAGGCGCUGGUCAGCAACGGCCCGCUGGCGGCGGCGGCGGUGUGCCUGGGGCUGCAGCGGCACCUGAGGGUGGGAAGCAGCGCGCUGCUGGGCACACUGGGGGCCUUCGUGGAGGAGGUGCAGGCGGCGCUGGAGGACGGUUCCCUGGCUAGCGGUCGUGUGAGUGUGACCACCGCAGACCGUCUGGCCAAGAACAAACGGGCGGAGCGGCGGGCGCAGCAGCGCGCGGCGGUGGCGGCGGCGGCAGCGCGGAAGAAGGAUGGGGAGAGCAAGAUGAAACAGCAGCAGGAGACAGGGAAGGAGCAGGGGCCAGGGCCGCCGACUGACCAAAGGAUGGAGGAGGCAGGCAGGGCUCCGGCGGCGGCGGCGGCUGCGGCCGUACCGAAGAAGGGUGCGGCGGCGGCGGCGGCGGCGGCGGCGGCGGCGGCGGCGGCGGCGGCGGUGCCCAGGGUCCGGGUUCUGUGCGCCCCCAAGGUUCUGGCGGAUGUGGUGGAGGCGUUGAUUGGCGCCGUUUACCUGGACAGCGGUGGCGACCUGGCAGCGGCGGAGGCGGCGGCGGCGGCCCUCACGCGGCCGCUGGCGGCGCUGCCCUCACUGCUGCCGCCGCCGCCACCCGGGUGCUGAUGGGGAUCGGGGCUUCACAUGCCCCAGCCCGACGCAUAGGCACCCGCGAAUUGGUGCAAGGGCACCGUCGGGGAGGGACGGCGGAUGGAAGCAGUGGCGGCGGCGGUGGCGGCGGAGGCGGCUUGGGCCCCUGUGCGUCUCAGGGGCAGACCCGUGUGUGUCAUGGACGGAGGGCGGGACCUCGGGGCGGGACCUGGGGACUUGAGGGCUCUAUCUGCGAGGAUCUGCGGCCCGCGUGCAUGCGGGCGGUCGGCCAGGCGUGCUUGGCAAGGGAAGGGCUGCGGUGUGGGGGCCCACAGCCCCACGGUCAGUGUGUAUGUGAUGCAUACUGUACUGACUAAUGACUGGUGAUAGCGGGCGACUGAAUCAGGUGGUGGCGGCGGUGGUGGACCAGGUCAGCAGGCUUGGUUGGUUGCCUGGGCCGGUGGGGUCCGGGGCGCUCCCUCACGGGCUCAGGUCAAAGUGCAGGCCGUGCGGCAGGGAUGUUAAGCAUGUGCUUGAAGGAAGGUUUGAAGGAAGGCUGGCGGGGGGCGAUGGGGCGGGGCACAUCGUUGUGUAGGUAUGGCGGUCACACCGACCGCAAGCAGACAUCAGGCAUGGGCUGGGCUCUUGUCAGAGUGAGAGGUUGUUACACGUGCGGUACUCACAAUCCUGA